CGUAAAUUCAGUUUCUCGCUAUUUGUCAACCACUCUCGACGACCGAAGUACAUUCCCUUCGUCGCUGAUGUUUUUCCUAGCUGUUUCCACGAGAUUCGAUCGGUGUCGCUCUAGUUUUUAAUUAUAAUCGUUUUUUUUAUUCGUCGUUAUAAUAGACGUUCGUAUCAAAUUAUCACCGAUACGUGGAAAUCGCUGUUCUGUCAUUGUUCCGAAGUCGCUUUUCGAGUGCUACGGACUCGGCAAACUUCACCACGCUGAACGAGCCAAAAAUUCAAGAUGACGGACAUAGUGAGAACGAUAAUAAGUAGCUACAAUGAUCUCAUGGAAAAUAGAAGUGAUCAGAGGGUUAAAGACUGGUUUAUGAUGAGCAGCCCUUUCCCAACGUUGCUCAUAUGCCUGUGCUAUGCAUAUUUUGUUAAGAGACUUGGACCUAGACUCAUGGCGAACAGAAAACCUUUUGUACUUAGACGAACAAUUUUAGUUUACAAUUUAAUUCAAGUUUGUUUUUCAAUAUAUAUAUUCAACGAGAGUAUAGUAUACGGUUGGGGAGGAAAGUACUCGUUCAGGUGUCAACCGAUCGAUUACUCAGACUCUCCGGACGCCCUCAGAAUGGCAAGAAUAUGUUGGUUAUACUACAUAUCGAAAUUCAUUGAAUUCGCGGAUACAAUAUUCUUCGUGCUUAGAAAAAAGAACAAUCAAAUCACUACGCUACAUGUUAUUCAUCACGGAGUGGUCCCGUUUUCCGUUUGGUUUGGUGUGAAAUUUACUCCAGGUGGUCAGAGUACGUUCUUCGGUAUGCUGAAUGUCUUCGUGCACAUAUGGAUGUACGGUUAUUACUUCCUGGCGGCGCUUGGACCCUCGGUACAGCGUUAUCUUUGGUGGAAAAAGUAUCUGACAACAUUGCAAAUCGUUCAAUUCGUCCUCGUGGUGAUUCACUCGGGACAGCUAUUGUUCAUCGACUGCGAUUAUCCGAAGGCGUUCGUCUGGUGGAUCGGAAUGCACGCGUGUCUCUUCUUUUUCUUGUUCAGAUCGUUUUACAUGGAAGCUUAUGUGAAAAAGAGUGCAAAACGAAAAGACGCCGAGCUUGAAUUGACAAAGCACAAGGAAGCGGUUGAUAAAUUACAACAAAAUCGGCUUGAGAAGGGAAAAUCUUCGAUUUAUGCCGACGAUUACAGAGUCGCGACGGGAUACAUAUCGGACGAGGGACUGAGAAAUCGAGUUUACAUCGACAAAAAUCGUAGCUCCGACGAUUCAUGAAAAAAAAAACGAUAAAAAUAAACCAUCAAACUCAUACACAA